AUGUCGCAUCCAUCUGAUGGGGCUCCGCCCGGCGUGCGCUGGGAAGACCCCAAUUCUGCUUCUAUGUACUCGUUCCCUAUGUUCCCGGUGGCUGGCGGGUGGGAGCAAUCAGAGUCGUCGUCGUUGGCUUGGUUGGAAAAUGCGGGAGUUCAUGGGCAGCGGCGGCGAAUUAUUCCUCCCAAUGUCGCGGCCACUGCAUCAACCUCCUUCCCCAACAUGAGCUCUGCUAGGCAAUGUUCUGAAGAGAGUAUAUGCAGAACAAGAGCCUUGAUAGCUCUGAAAAUUACAGGAGAGGGUAGAAAUCAAAGUGGCUUGUCUAUCGAUGAUAAGCAAGCAAACGCAUUGGCCAUGUUCACGGAAGAAGACAAGAUGCACCGGAAUUUCCCGUACAUCCAUUGCUGGAAAAAAUUGAAAGACCAAGCUAAGUGCAUCAAUAGGAACAACCCGAGUGGAACUCAGAAACCAGCACCCAAAAAGCAAAAAACCACCGCGAAAUCAAGUUCUGCACAACUAGUUGUCAGUAGUAAUGUUGAUGAUAGUCAGCCCGCAGUGCCUACGCUGGACAGGCCUGUAGGGAAGAAGAAGGAGAAAGACAAAUUACGGCAACGUUCCAGCAUCGAAGCAUUGGAUUAUUUGUUGGCGAAAAAGAAAGAUGCUGAUGUGGAGAAGGAAUUGAAGAAACAGGAGAGUGAGUUGAAGAAAGAGGAGAGGUGCCAAAAAGUUCUUGCUUUGCAGGAAGAAAGGUUAAAACUUGACAAAAAAAAGUUUGACUUUGAGCGGGAUAGAGAAGAAGAAAGAAUUAUGAAUGUUGAUAUGAGUACCAUGUCAACCGAUCAGCAACAGUUCUAUGCGCACCUAAAGGCUAAAAUACUUACAAGACAGCUUAAAAAUUAG